CCUCUCGGCCGCCCCGUCGGGAAACUGGCGAGCGGCUCGGCGGCGGCGGCUUGGCCUCGGCAGGAUAGGAUGUGGUUAGAACCUUGAGAACCGUGGGUUCCAGAGAGGGAGAGAGAACACUUUAGACAGCCAGACUGGAUCCAGAGAGCAGAUGUUCCAGAAAGCUUCAGUUUAACCCAAGGUCUCUUUCUCCAGAGAAAAUAAAAGGAACAAAGGUGUCUGCUUCUUCAAGGAACCACAGGCCGCGGCGCCUGGAUGAGGGUGCUGGAGUGACGGGUGAGUCCAGGAGGCCUUCCUGGAGGAGGAUACCGCUCUUAUGCUCCCGUUUUACUAUGUAAUCUCUGGAACCUGAUUAACUGCGUGUGCCCUCCUUGAGGGGAGGCCUUACCCAUCCCAGCUCUUCUCGAGUCCCUGGCACAGAGCUGAGGCCCCAGGCGUGGCCACUGUGGCAUAUCAAACUAUUCCCAAAGUGAGGUCCAAGGCUUGGUGCUGACCCUACUGGGUCCCGUUUAGGAAGAUGAGGCUCCUUCGAAGACGCCACAUGUCCCUGCGUCUAGCCAUGCUCGGCAGUGCCUUCAUGCUCUUCCUCUUCAUCCGGCAAAAGGACCAAAAGGACGUAAGCAAAAGGGAGCCGGCCAUGGAGAAACCGUGGCUAAAGUCCCUGGUGGGCCAGAAGGAUCACGUCCUGGACCUCAUGCUAGGUGCCGUAAACAACAUUAGAGAUGUCAUGCCCAAGCUGCAGAUCAGGGCUCCGGAACCCCAGCAGACUCUGCUCUCCACAAACCGCUCCUGCCUUCCGGGGUUCUAUACCCCUGCUGAGUUGAAGCCCUUCUGGGAGCGGCCACCUCAGGACCCCAGCAGCCCCGGGGCAGAUGGAAAAGCAUUUCAGAAGAAAGAAUGGACCCCUCUAGAGACCCAGGAAAAGGAUGAGGGCUAUAAGAAACACUGCUUCAACGCCUUUGCCAGUGACCGCAUCUCCUUGCAGAGGUCCCUGGGGCCAGACACCCGACCCCCAGAGUGUGUUGACCAGAGGUUCCGGCGUUGUCCCCCACUGCCCACCACCAGUGUGAUUAUUGUGUUCCACAAUGAAGCCUGGUCCACUCUGCUGCGCACAGUAUACAGCGUCCUGCACACCAGCCCUGCCAUCUUACUGAAGGAGAUCAUUCUGGUGGAUGACGCCAGUACAGAGGAGCACCUGAAGGAGAGGCUGGAGCAGUACGUACAGCAGCUGCAGAUCGUGAGGGUGGUGAGGCAGCAGGAGCGGAAGGGGCUCAUCACAGCCCGGCUGCUGGGGGCGAGUGUGGCGCAGGCCGAGGUGCUCACAUUCCUGGACGCCCACUGUGAGUGCUUCCAUGGCUGGCUGGAGCCCCUCCUGGCUCGAAUCGCUGAGGAUAAGACAGCGGUGGUGAGCCCAGACAUCGUCACCAUCGACCUUAACACUUUCCAGUUCUCCAAACCUGUACAGAAAGGCAAGGCCCACAGCCGUGGCAACUUUGACUGGAGCCUGACCUUCGGCUGGGAGACGCUCCCUGCACACGAGAAGCAGAGACGCAAGGAUGAGACCUACCCCAUCAAAUCCCCGACGUUUGCCGGUGGCCUCUUCUCCAUCUCCAAGGCCUACUUUGAGCACAUCGGUACCUAUGAUGACCAGAUGGAGAUCUGGGGAGGGGAGAAUGUGGAAAUGUCCUUCCGGGUGUGGCAGUGUGGAGGCCAGCUGGAGAUCAUCCCCUGCUCCGUGGUAGGCCAUGUGUUCCGAACCAAGAGCCCCCACACCUUCCCCAAGGGCACCAGUGUCAUUGCGCGCAAUCAGGUGCGCCUGGCCGAGGUCUGGAUGGACAGCUACAAGAAGAUCUUCUACAGGAGAAAUCUGCAGGCAGCAAAGAUGGUCCAGGAGAAUAAUUUCGGUGACAUUUCGGAGCGACUUCAGCUGAGAGAGCGGCUACACUGCCACGACUUUUCCUGGUAUCUGCACAAUGUCUAUCCAGAGAUGUUUGUCCCUGACCUGAACCCCACCUUCUAUGGAGCCAUCAAGAAUUUGGGCACCAAUCAGUGUUUGGAUGUGGGAGAGAACAACCGUGGAGGGAAACCCCUCAUCAUGUAUGUCUGCCACAACCUUGGCGGCAAUCAGUACUUUGAGUACACGUCCCAGCGGGACCUUCGUCACAACAUUGGGAAGCAGCUGUGUCUACAUGCCACUGCUAGCACACUGGGCCUUAGGAGCUGUCACUUCACUGGCAAAAAUAGCAACGUACCCAAGGACGAGGAAUGGGAGUUGACUCAGGAUCAACUCAUCAGGAACUCAGGAUCAGGCACCUGCCUGAUAUCCCAGGACAAAAAGCCAGCCAUGGCCCCCUGUAACCCCAGUGACCCCCGCCAGCUCUGGCUGUUUGUCUAGACCUAGGGUCGUCCCCACUGUAUAUCCAACAAGUCCCUCAGGAAGUGGGGUCACUGAGCACCUGGAAAUCUUCUCCCCUGCCUCCUCUGGAGGCCUAAGAGUUGGAUUUCCAAGCCCAGAGGCCAUCAAGGCAGAACUUCUUAAUUUUGCAACACCACUGGUCCCAUUUUAUUUCCUCCAUGCCAAUGGAAGAGACCAGGAGGUCACAUACUACUUGGCCCAAGGCCUUCCUCAUCUCCUAGAGACAGUGGCCUCCAAAGGUAACUGAAAAUAUGUCUUGCAGAGGGACUGGAAGCACAGAUACCCUCCCUGGUUAGCACACCCUAGUGCCAAACCGUUCUGACUUUACAGAGUGCCGAUAGCCUACAGCAUUUGUGCAAUUAUCCCUGGAAGAGAUGGGAAAAGAGCCCGUUGCACCAGUAAGAAGGGUGUGACUGAGCUGGGGUAGAGUUCAAGGAAACGGCCUGGGUUUGACUCCCUAACACCACAGAAAACAGAAAAGGAAGGCCAGGGGAGGAAAGCAGAGAUGGAGAAGGAGAGAGACUUCUCUGUCAUCACACAGUGAGCAGAUGACUCAAGCUGAGGCUGAGGUGUCACCUUUGGUGCUAAGCCUGGGCUCCUUCCAGCACGCAGGAACACUAGACCAUUCGAUGCGAGCCUUGCCAUCUAUUGACCCCUCUCUGACCAUUCUGGCUGGCUGGCUGGCCAGCCUCCAGAUAGCCAGGCAGCAAGAUAGGAUCCUGAGAAUCCUGGGCUGUUAGUGUGGAAGGAAUUUCAUGGGCUGAGGUGCCCGUGAGCCUAAACGCACAAGGCUUGGCCCCUUUGUUCUAACCCAUAUAUAAGGAGAUAAAGAGCAAAGCAGGAACUAGGCAUGAAGAUGCAGGCUUGCAGUCUUGGAACUUACAGACUAACGCAUCUCAAACCCAAGGCCACCCUGGGCUACAGAGUUCAACCUUGUCUUGAAAGCAAUACAAAAUAGCAUGAGGGAUAUGAGGGCAAUGCCUCAUAGCCCUUGAAUUAGGGUAGAACGAUUUUUAAAUUUAUUUUUAAGCAAAAGCUAAAUAGGUGUUUUGUCCAAGGUCACCUGGCAAGGUGUUUGCCAGCUCUGAGGCCAAACACCAGAUAAGGCUAAUCGGAGUCCUAGCAAGUCUGAGGGGUCAGGGACAGUGUGCAGAUGCCUGAAGGACUGACGCCAUCAGCUGUCCUUGCACAAGUGCUCUGUGUGGAACCUACCUGAGGAUGCCAACCUUUCUACAAUCAACUUGGACCCUACUGUUCUGCCUGGAAGAAAAUAGAAAUGUCCAGGGAGGCGUUGGGGGACUGCAGUAUCAAGCUGUCACCACAUGAGGGCGCCAUGGAAUCACAGCUUCCUCCUGCUCCAUGCAACUAACUGCACAUUGCAGGAAGUCUCCCAGGUUCCCUGGGAGACAGUCAGGGAUGGUCUAGCCAAAGGGAAGGAAACUGGCCGAGCUGUGGUCCAGGGUGGGGGAAGGGAAGAGAGUCUGACAUGGGGACCCGGAGGGAAUAAAGGUUUUAUGGUAUUGGUA